GAAGGCCCCAAAACGAUAUCAACUCACCAAUCAAUUACUCCAAUAUAUAUUACCCUUGCUAACCAAUUAAUAGAACACCAGCACUGUUAACAGGACUACCAUUCAACCAAUCUUCUUCCUACUUCUAAUCUGAUUCAAUGGCCAACCCAGCGGUCUCUCUCCCUUUCUGUGAAAGAAUCCCACGUAAAAACACUUUGUACAGAGUCAUGCAUCUCAUCAUCCUCUUCCUUCUCCUCUCUCUCCUCCUUUAUCGUCUUCUCUAUCUCAACACCCAUGGCUUCACUUGGCUGCUUGCGUUCCUGUGCGAGUCAUGGUUCACCUUCUUGUGGAUUCUCAACGUUAGCACCAAAUGGAAUCCAGUUGAAUGCAAAACUUAUCCAGACCGCCUCCAGCACUGCUUUUCAGAGCUUCCGCCGGUGGACAUGUUUGUUACUACUGCAGAUCCUGUGUUAGAGCCGCCUAUCAUCACUGUAAACACUGUACUUUCACUGUUGGCAGUAGAUUAUCCUGCUAGUAAGCUAGCUUGCUAUGUGUCUGACGACGGCGGAUCAGCUAUUACCUUUUAUGCUCUUACGGAAGCAUCAAAAUUUGCGAAGUUAUGGCUUCCCUUCUGUAAGAAAUAUAGCAUUCUUGUUAGAGCUCCCUUUAGGUACUUUUCUGUUGAACAGCCUACGUGCCCCACUGCUAAUAAUUCAGUGGAGUUCCAACUAGAAUGGAGAAUGAUGAAGGAAGAGUACCAAAAACUUUGUCAAAAAAUUGAACAGGCAGAUAAAAAACUGAUGCUAUGUGAUCAUUCUGGCGACUUUGAGGCUUUCUCAAAUAUUGAACGCAGAAACCAUUCUAGUAUAAUCAAGGUUAUAUGGGAAAACAAGGAAGGUCUUGUGGAUGAAUUACCAAAUCUUGUUUAUAUUUCUAGAGAGAAACGUCCAGAGCAUCCACAUCAUUACAAAGCUGGCGCCAUGAAUGUUCUGACCAGGGUCUCCGGGGUGAUGACCAAUGCUCCCUUUCUGCUGAACUUAGACUGCGACAUGUAUGCAAACAAUCCGCUGAUUGUUCGUCAUGCAAUGUGUCUGCUGCUGGGUUUCGAUGAAAAAUACAGUGGAUUUGUUCAGUCUCCACAGAUGUUUUACGGUGGAGUGAAGGAUGAACCAUUUGGAAAUCAUCUAGUGAUUCUGCAGGAAUAUUCGGGAAAAGGGUGCGCUGGAAUUCAAGGACCUUUCUAUGGAGGGACCGGAUGCUUUCAUCGAAGAAAAGUAAUUUAUGGUUUGUCGCCAGAUGAAACCAAACUUAAAAGAGGAUAUCUCACUGCAGUAAAUGGAAAAUUUCCUCAUGUGAGCCUACAGAAAAUGUUUGGAAAUUCAAUCCAAUUCAUCAAAUCGGCAAGCCAGAUUCUAUCAGAGUUGGACAUAAUAACAGAUUGUGCGUUGAACCUUUCGACUUCUAUAGAGGCAGCUUAUCAAGUUGCAGGUUGUGGCUAUGAAUAUGGUACUAGCUGGGGUACAAAGGUUGGAUGGCUAUACGGAUCCACAGUAGAAGAUGUGCUCACAGGGAUGAUGAUCCAUGCAAGGGGGUGGAGAUCCGUCUACUGCACACCGGACCCACCUGCAUUUCUAGGGUGUGCACCAUCGGAUUGGCUAUCAGGACUGACACAGCAAAAGAGAUGGGCCACUGGCCUUCUUGAAAUCCUUUCUAGUAAAAAUAGCCCCUUUAUUACCACUCUCACAACAAAGCUCCAGUUCAGGCAGGGGAUGGGAUACGUCUACUUUCUAAUUUGGGGUCUGCGCAGUAUUCCUGAGCUAUGCUAUGCUGCUUUGCCCGCGUAUUGUCUCAUUUCCAACUCUUAUUUCUUGCCUAAGGUCCAUGAGCCAGCAAUGUUCAUCUCGAUUACUAUCAUUUUUGUACUUUAUAACUUAUCCAACCUAUUGGAGUACCUUCAAAUUGGCCUCUCAGUUCGUACAUGGUGGAAUUGCCAACAGAUGUCAAGAAUAAUUUCUGCAACUGCAUGGAUAUUUGCAGUACUAAAUGUCAUACUCAAGAUCCUGGGAAUAUCUGAGACCGUCUUUGAAGUUACAAAAAAAGACGAGUCUUCCCCAGACAAUGAUGUUGACACUGAUGCAAAUACUGAUGCCAGUAACUUUACCUUUGACGAAUCCCUAAUUUUUGUGCCAGGCAUCACUCUUUUGCUCGUGCACAUUAGUGCAUUGAUUAUAGGUUUGUUAGGGUUCCAGGAACAGGCUCAGGGUGGGGCAGGGGAGGUUAUUUGUAGCAUGUGGGUGGUAUUUAGCUUCUGGCCUUUUGUGAAAGGUCUUUUCAGGAGAGGAAAAUAUGGGAUCCCAUUAUCUAGCUUGAGCAAGUCUGCAGCAAUUGCAUUUCUAUUUGUGCAAUAUUGUAGAUGGACCGCGGAGCAUAAAGUAAAGUGGUGAACCAUUUUCAUUAGUGUAUGAGGGUGUUUUUCAAGUUGGGAGGGAAAUGAUGGGGAAAGAUGAGAUGAGUGAAUUCUUCAUUUCAAUUGAUAGGUGAGAUUUGGAGAGGUUUUAGAUUUGUAUUUAUGUGUGUGUUUUUUUUUUUUUUUGAAUAAAAUGUAAUGUAAAAUUGUAUUGAGUUUUAUUUUAAUCCUUUUAAAUCUAAAUUCAAGAUCUGAACUUUAUAUUUUCAAA